AUCAUAAAAUCUGACCCACCUAGUAAAGAGUUCAACUCAAAUGGGAAAUACAAAUAUAAAAUCAACAUAAAUUGAGUCAACCUAAUCGAACAGAUGAUUCUAAAAGCACGAGCAUUGAGAGCGUCUACAAGAACCAACCAAGGAAUGAACAUUGGCAAAUAAACUGACCGUCAACACGGACCGAUUCACGUCCACUAGUCCCUUGUGAUAACUCACAACAAGCAUCUCAGGGUCUUUCGAGCCAAACAUUCCUACAUCACCCGAUAGAGUGACGGGGAUACGAGUAGAGACAUAAAUUCGAUGACGUGUCAAUACAAUAUUUUGAGAAACUAAUCUCCCCUUCACCUUCACGAAUCAAUACAAUAUUUUCCACCAAAAAUCAAUACAAUAUUUUUUGACCAAAGCUUCUAAGUUCCCGCGGACGUUACAUAGUUCUCCACCACCGCCGACGUUGCAUCCGCCGCACCGCUCUCAUCCUCUCACUCUCUCUCUCUCUCGCAGCCCAGGCAGCCAAAAAAAUAUUGUGGUUAAAAUUGUGCCCAGGCUCCAAUAUAAUCCGGGCUCCGCCACUGCGCCAGAUCCCCCACCGCCAUCACUUUGAGAGAAACACAAAUGGAUUCAUCACAAAGUCCAGCCGCAGGGGGCAAUGGGACACUGAUCUCUCAAACUAAUGAUACAACAGCUUCUGCAGCAGGAGCUGAUGAUCCUAUGCAGAAGCUGAACCAGGUCAGCAACUCCAUUCAGAAAACCUUAGGCCUUAUCCAUCAGCUGUACCUUACAGUCUCUACCUUCAAUGCUGCCUUUCAAAUGCCACUCCUCCAACGCAUCAAUGGUCUUGUUGCGGAGCUUGACAACAUGGUCAAAUUGGCGGAAAAGUGCAACAUUCAGGUUCCUAUGGAAGUUGUAAAUUUAAUCGAUGAUGGGAAGAAUCCAGAUGAAUUUACCAGAGAUAUUUUAAACAACUGUAUUGCAAAGAAUCAGACCACCAAAGGAAAAACUGAUGCUUUAAAGAAUUUGCGCAAGCAUCUUUUGGAGGAAUUGGAGCAGAACUUCCCUGACGAGGUUGAAACUUUUAGAGAGAGUCGUGCUGCUUCUGCUGCUGAGUUGAAACGUUUGGCGCAAGCACAAAGUGUACUACCAAAUGGAGAUGUGAGGGUUAAAGGAGAGCAUUGAGUGAUAUAUUUCUGAGGUCUUUGCUUUUCUAUAAUUUGUAGUAUGGAACUCUUGAUAGUUCUCUCUCUUUUUUUUGGCCUUAUUUUUACAUUUGUCUGUAUAGUGUAUAUCAACAAUGCUUCCUUAUUCUUGUAACUCAUAGUAUUGUAUUGCUUACAUUUUAUCAAUGGAAUGCCAUUAUUAUAAUUA